AGUGAAAACAUGGCAAAGAAUGUCUGGAAUAAUUUGUUUAGUCUCAAUUUGACAAAUGAAGAACAAAUUUUCUGCAGCUGAAUAGUUGAGAAAGCGUAUCCAAAUUUGCCCUUGGUGCCAGAGGCUUUUUAUGCGCGGUUUCCGGUUUCGGUGAAGUCUUGACCCGCUCGUGUCUUCGGCCUGCGGCCGACGAAACGAAGCUCCACGUCGCAGGCGAGAAAAAACCUCUGUUACCCAGGGUAAGCCAAAUUUCGAGAGAAAAAGAAAACUCACCGUAUUUACCUCAUCCAUGUUGUCCAGCUAUGUCGACCGAAGACUUGAACCAAAAGAGUUAUACACAACUUGUACCUGGAAAACAUUGGAUUAUAUCUUCUUUCACGUUUACUGAGAGAUGUUAACGACAUGACCCUAGUAAAUCUCUAGGCUCUUUAGUUUUCCAAGCACAUGCCGACGCGAUAUCCGUAGACAUAAUACAGUUGAACCUCCACAACGGCCACCUUGGGGACAGAAGAAAGUGACCGUUGUGGAGAGGUUGAAACAAGAGUCAAUUUAUUGACUGUCCGCCAAAAAAGUGGCCGUUGUAGAGAGGUGGCUGUUUGUGGAGGUUCGACUGUACAUAGGUUUAGCAAGAGCUAAAAGCAAAGCUUCCGUUUAUGUAUUUAAAUUUACUGCAGACAAUGGUCUUUAAACUAUUAUAAAGACCAAAAUCUGUACUUAACUUGACGGGAAAUCCAUAUGACUGGCAAACAUAAACUUGAGCCCGCGAUCAAUUAAAAAAUAACAACUGGUCAGCGGAAAACUUCAAAAAACAGCUGACCUCGAUGAUUUGGCACCUGAGCCCGCGAUACGGUCAUGUGACACUGGUCAGCAGAUACCCUGUUUUGACACCUGUCUACUGACCGUAAUAUGAAUGUCUAUUAUCAGGUUAAACACAGGUUAAAGGCUACCACACUAGCUAGAAAAUUUGGCAUUUCUCAUUGGUUGCCCUGUGGUGCGGACGGACGGGCGGACGGGCGGACGGGCGGACGGUCACGUGAUUAUCAACAUUUCUCGGAUGGAUAGAUUACCAAAUUUUCUUAGAUACUGAGCUCUUUUCGCGCGCUCGUGGAGCUCCGCUAAGAUGAGGAGCAAUCUGUCUCUUACUUUCUCAUUUCCCCGUUUAUUUAGCUUUGAUAGCUGGCAAUAAGAAUACCUCGGCUUCUGAUUGUAAUAAGAGUAAAGUGAAGUGUUAUGGAGACCCAGCGGUUCGCUACAAUAACGGAAACAACAAAUUGUCCAAUUGGGGUAAGAUACAUAUUUCUAUCUUCAUUAAGACUACCCAGAAGCAUGCUUCUGCCUGAUUAUAACUCCUAGCUGUGUUUCACUAGAACAAACAAGACUAGAUCUGUUAGUGCUUGAUCAUAAUACUCUCCCCUCCCCCGAAGAGAAGAAAUAAUAAUAAUGAUGAUGAUGAUGAUGAUGAUGAUGAUGAUGAUGAUGAUGAUGACGAUAAUGAUGAUGAUGAUGAUAGUGAUGAUGGUGAUGGUGGGGUUCUAACAUGACAACACUAUUAGUUACUCAUCAAACUUGACUCUGAAAUUUACCUUUACUUCAAUUCAGAUCCAUAUUCACCCAUGUUAAUUGUUGGUGCAGAAGAUGAGAUUGUAAUAUUUGGAUUGAAAAAUAGUUCAAGAGGAAGGCGAUUCCAAGCGAAGAAUAUAGCAUCUCUUGACUUCGACUCCGAUAAACGUCACAUAUACUGGUCAAACAGAAGAGGGAUAAACGAACUUUUCUUAGACACCGGCGUCAGUGAAGUCUUCCCUUUCCAUCUCGAUCGCCUCAACCCUGCACCAUCCCCGAAUUCCCUUGCCCUUGAUUGGAUUAAUCAAAAGAUAUACUGGACUGAUGGCAAGGAUUUAUAUCUCGGAGAUUUGCACAAUGGGAGACGUGUUUUACUAACUGAAGGAGGCCUUGAUACACCAAAGGCUAUUGUUGUGAGUCCUUCGGAUGGGUAAGUAAAACCAAAUUUGUACGACGAAUUUACAAUAAUUAUAUAUAAUUUAUUAUAGUCAGUCGCGCAUGUAAAACAGCUCAAAUAGGCAACUGUAGAAAACCAUUCUUAUCAUUCUUGAGUUUGUAUGAUGUAGAAAUGAUUCCCUUUUCCUUUCUAGACAUUGUUUUCAUGUUUAGAUUGCUUACACUGUAUAUGGGGAGUAUAUCUUAUCCAUUUUCUCUAAUUAAAUAUUCUUUCUUGAAUUAUUGCAAUCUUGAUUCGAUGAACACAUUUAAAAGAGAACUUUUGUUUAAGAAACAAUAUUCGUUUGGCACCCCCCAAAAAAGUACUGGCAGCUUAGCUGGGGCAAGGUUUUGAAACUAAUAGGUUGGAAGUUCGAUGAAACAGGUAGAGCUCUCCAAGCUGUAUUCAAAAUCCAAAAUUUUAUCCUUCAGAUCUUUAAGAAUGUGUGGCUAUUGUGAAAAAAGGUUGUUGUGUCAGUCGAUUUUGUGUGCAGUGUCACACUGAUCUAGAUAUUUUUCUUUUUCAAAGCUUCGUUUACUGGACGGUCUGGGGCCAAACUUCAAAAAUUAUGCGCGCAAGACUCGAUGGAACGGAAGAAACAGUACUUAUUAGCAAAGGUAUUCCUUUUCCGACUGCCCUGGCACUCGACGAAUCAAAAAAGAGGCUUUUCUGGGCUGGAACAGACAAAAGAAAAUACGCAAUAAUAGAGUUUGUAUCCCUAGAUGGUUUAAACCGCAAUGUCACAUUCUACCGUAAGGGUUACCAUCCGUAUAGUUUGGAUAUCUAUGAGGACUUUGUGUACUGGGCUGACUGGGGAAAGAAAGCUAUUCUGCGCAUCUCAUCCAAUGGAGAUAGAGAAGAGAUGGUCAUUACCGGCUUAAAAAAGCCAGUGGGAUUGAAGUUGUUUCAUAUGCGUACACUCGACGGAAAGCAAGGUAGGAAUACGGAAUCCUUGGACGUACAAAGAACCUUAUAUCCUCAGCAUAAAUUGGACAGUGGGCGGGCUUAGACUUUUGCUUUGUUGUAUUCUUUGGACGGAUUAAACCUUUAAUGGAGAACCUCAAGUGAGCUCAACAACAAUAUGUAAAUAUUUUAAGGUGGAAAGUCGUUUUGCUUUGGAGCUGCGCCGGCAUUUGAAAUCGCCAUCAUUUCAGCCAGAUUUUACCUAAGACCCAGAUUUAUCUAAGCAGAGUUUAAAAAAACCCAUUUCAUGCUUGACUUUAAAAAUAUUUGAAAUUAAAUUUUUUUUUGCACCGUUGUCGGUAAGCCACAUUAACUUUUGCCUAAGGAUAGCCUUACACUCCGGGGGGGGGGGAGUACUCCCUAUGAUGGCCUAUACGGGGAGGCUCCGCCCGAUAGGGGUACCCUUUUCAAGGUUCAGGUAUGUGAAGGGGGUAGGGAUUUCACCAGUUGAAGUAUAUGAAAGGGUAGGGAAAUCUGUCAUUUAGGUCUGUGAAAGGGCCCCAAAGGGCUAACAGGUGAAUUUUAUGGCUUGAUAGAGUCGAGAAAACGUUCUAUUUUUGUUGUUUGGUUCCUAUUUUAAAGAACGUGCAUUUGCAUCAGUUAAUACGGAUGCAAAGUCCUAAACAAAGUAUGUGAAAGGGGUACCAUUUGUCAAUAGAGGGUAUACGAAAGCGUUACAUUUUUCGUGAAAAAUCAUGGUAUAUAAAAGGGUAAGGGGCUGGACCUCGGGCGGAGCCUCCCCGUAUAAACGUUUGUUGAGUACCCCCCGCUCGCCGGGCUGAACACGUUCCACUGACGUGACGUGUAUCACAAAUGGCUUCGCACUUAGCCUCACUUUAAAACAGAGGCUACAUGCACUCCAUAGCCUUAAGUUACUUUCCUUCGUUAUUUUCCCUAGAGAAUUCUUGUGAUCAGAAUAACGGUGAUUGUGGCUAUCUGUGCGUGAAUCUACCUUUUCGUAAAAGAUCGAAAUGCAUGUGUCCAAAAGAUAUGAAUCUCCAAGGGGAUGGGAAGACAUGCAAAAGAUCACAAAUUAUACCUCAAGACGGUAAGUGUUUUUCUUGAGCCACUUAUAUUUGUUAGUUUCAAAUUAAUGACUCCUUUCGGUUUCCAAAUUUUAUUCAUUUCCUAAAUCCUAUUUUCAGUUAUUCCUGUUGUAUACCCAUAAUAAAGGUAUUUUUUAUUCUUAUGUUUUUCUCUGAUACAAUUAUUUACCAGCGGUAAUUCCAGGGAAUCUAAGCAAGGCAGCGUCUGCUGAUAAACUGUUAUUCAGGGGUAGAAAACUGUCGAAUACAUUGCCUUGUUUCGUUAAUUGUGUGAGGAAAGAAAUAGUUUUUAAUCCGUCGCUCUUUAUUUGACAUCGUCUUUUUUGAAUUGGCCUGGCGUUUGCACAGACGCAGAGCUCGACGUACGGUGCUAGAUGAAAACCAAGCUAUCUACCUAAUAUAAGCAGUAAUGAUGAACGAUAGAAUUAAAUAUGAUAUUGAUAACCUUUUGUCUUUCAUUAGGACAGAGCAAGAAGAAUGAACCAUUGAGUCCAACUGAGCUAACGGUGAUCAUUGUCGCUGUCGUGCUGUUGCUCGUGGUACUAGUUUACAUUCUUAAGAAGAUCCUCUCACGAGUUAGGCAAGAGCAAGAGGGUCUGCCACCUGCACCGCCAGUGGGUAUACUGAACGUUGAGGAGGACAUGGAAGAGGAGCAUACUACUGAACGCACGGAGUUGCAAGCAAAUUCACGAUCAGCUGAUACGUCAUCUGUGGCGGAUCAGCAACUUUCCUGCAAUGCUGAGCCUUUAGAAGCAUGCGUAGCUAGAGAGAAUCCGUCAGUCAGAGUAAGUUUUGACGAGAAGUUUUUUGAUAACAACCUGGGUCCCGUUUCUCGAAAGAUACAGUAACAUUUCAGGCCGGUAGCCAUAUUUUGAAAUUAAAGCCUAAAGAAUGGUUGUGGAACGGUCCUAGCUCACUAACCGUGGGACGUCCGACAAUCAGCCCAGUUAAGCCCGUUUCAAACGUCGUGCUAUUGCCGUGUCGAACUCAAUUGAUCGAAUUAAAUUCGACUUUAGCACGGCAGUAGCACGACGUUUGAAACCAAGUCGUGCUACUUGCGUGCAGCACGGCAAGCCUUGCCGUGCUACACGGCAGUAGCUCGACUUGGUUUCAAACGUCGUGCUACUGCCGUGCCGAACUCAAUUCAUAAAUUAUAAAUACAGUAGAAUAUAUUUAAAAGUUUGCUUAACUAUUUCUUUUUUUUGUGUUUUGUUUUCGGCAACAGCCGUUCUAUUCGACUGAAUUAAAUUCGACGUCUGAAACCAAGCAGUGCUAGUGUCGUGCCGGCAGUCGAGCUGCAGUCGAGCCAGCUUAGCACGGCGGUAGCACAACGUUUGAAACAGGCCUUAAACUCUUCAUUUCAGCGCAAUUCUUGAGGUUUUAGAACUGGCCCCAGUGCAUUUUGUUUCGCGAAAUGAUCAACGAUUGUUUUAUUGUAUAGUAUUUGCACUGCAUGCUGUCACGGGCUCUAAGUUAUGAGAGCAGACGGCGACUGCCAGGACAAUAGGCAUGCUGAUUAUUGAGGGUAUCCUACGUCCAACCGCCACCAGACGAGGUGGGAGGGGCGAAACUUCGAAGUCACUUGCACUGAACGCCGUCUAACUGGCCAGAAGGCGGGCAAGCUAAGCAAUUGUUAACGAGGGUCGCGAUGCAUCAUGCCACUAGCGCGCCGGCUCGACACCGCGGAAAAGGAGUUUCUUAUUUCUCGCGUUACAAGCUAAUUGUCUAUGCAGUGAGAAUACAUUGGUUGUGACUUCGUUUGUAAUAUAUUUAUAAACGGUGUCCGCCCUACGCUGUGUUACAAUGACGUCAGUAAAAACUGGUGUCCACUAGAGUGUAUAUAAACCACAUACGACCCACAAUCCCCUGAUUCCUUCUGACAAAGGGUUUGCUACGCUCAAUUUCAGCAACUCUCUCGGUUUCGGGAGAGGAGCGCGGGCUCAUCACCCGAACAGCCGCCUAUAAUCGAGGCUACAUUUCGAUUCGAUCAUCGGUAGCCGUAUUUUAAAAUCAGAACCUAGAGGAUGGUUGCGUAGGUCCUACAUUGGGGAGCUUAAGCAACAGCGUUUUUGAGCGACGGACGUCAACCGGAAGUGGACUCAUUGCAUCAUUGGGGAGCGGUUUGGUUGAAACGCUCGGGUAAAUCCUUUUUAUAAGAGAAAAAACACUUCGUAAUACAAAUGUGUUAGCGUCAAGGUAUAUAAAAAGGGAAAAGGCCUCACUUGUGGUUGACCUCCGUCGCUCAAAAACGUCUUUGCUUAAUCUCCCUAUUAGCUCACAAACCAGGGGUCUGGGAGCUGAGUUGCAUAAAUGUUACCGUUCGGCGUUCAGCCCAGUCAAACUCGCCAGACGUUAGGUUCUGCGCAACUGGCUUCAGUGCAUUUUGUUUCGUCAACUUGUUGGGUAACGGGACUAAAGAGAAACACCGGACUGAAAAAAAUUAUAUACACUUACGACAAUAUCAUUCAUAUGAACUGACGAGAGUGAAGAAAUAGACCCUCACGAAUUUGAAAAUAACUACAGUACCGAAUUCGUAGCUUUGCAGACUAAAAUUGCUUUAUUGCCUUGAAAUUUUAGUUACACAGUUCGCGGGUCAUAAACCUCGGAAAUUAGCGACAAAGUUUCUUUCGCCGUCGAGGUACCAGUUUAGAUUCCUAGUACUUACGUGGGUGUAGUUCUUUGAAUUUUUUUCGUCAUCAUGGAUAAACUCAUCAAAUAUGAAACCCGUCGACGUGACUGAUCGAUGUAAGCUAAUUCUUCCAGUACUAAAAGAAACAUUAUUUUGAUAGCCGUAACAACUGUAGUAGUAAAACGGUAGUAAAACUAAACCCGGUUAAUAUCGAAUGAUUUAUGAUAAUUGUACACAGUUGUCCUCCUUACAAAGUGAAAGAAAGUGAAAGAAAAUGGCCGGGGAACGAAAUGGACUAACUGUGAAGAUCCGUUUUAGGAGAGUCGAAGAAAAAAGAUAUCUGUCAAAUGUUUUUAGGGUUUAUACAAUAGAGAAUUGUUGCCGGUCUAUUCGUACUUGAAAAAGUGCUUGUGACCGUCUUAUUAGGGUGUCCUUCAAAGGAGAGUUCACUGUGCACUGUUCUAAAAACAUGUCAUGUGGCGCUACUUUCUUGUUUGCUCUUUCCUGAAGCCAAUGUAUUUAUUUGUUCAUUUUUUUAGGUUCAAACUGUGGUUUACAACUCUUACCAUAAUACAGUGAACAUGACUCAAAUGAACACAACCAAUAAUACAUGUAACGCGGUGGAGCUUCGACAAAGUGGCGGGGUAGCAGUUGUUGGAGACAAGGCGGAAAUCAAUUAUCAUCGGUCUCCUUAGAGCUAAUAAAAUCUUUAUUACAUCUGGGUAACUUAUUUAUGAAAAAUUACUUUAUAUACGACGGCUGGUCGCUUUAAUUGUGUCACUUUGCGGAAUGUAUGCAUAUGUGCUGAGAACAGUUCAGAACAGUUUGCGAAUGUUUUAAGAACUUUUUCAGGGAAAAGUUAAAUUUAUUUGUUACUUCAUGAAAUCAAGUCCAAACCUAUAUGAAAGUGGACUGCCUCCUCCUGCUGCAGGAGACGGAGGCGAAUAACUGGAUACACACGAAACGCAAAGCAUCAUUAAAUUUUCUUCCUCAAAAGUGACAAUAGCAGUGGAAUCAACCUCUAUAUUUAAUGACAAUACAUAAUAUCACUGUUUUAAUGGUUGGUAUUGGUAACAAAGGCUUUAUAUUCAGAUUACGGCUGACUGACCAACUCCCGUACUUCUGCAACCGAGUUUUGUAAUACACGAUGCAUCCCGAAGCAUGGUCAAGAACUCCCACAUCAAUACGGCUAACAGAAAUCUGAGGAUAAAAUAUUUGUUUAACAGUUCGUAAGAAUUGAGGCAUUCAUAGCUUUCUUUUUUCACUUUUAUGCCUUUAACCACUAACUUUGCCGUCAUUUUAUUGCUAACAGUUGACUCUAUCCCAUUUUUGUUGUUCCAUAAGCGGAGGCAUAGGUUUCCUUUGCAAAUGAGAUUAUGGUGACAUGGACGAUCCCGUGAAAUGGACCAGACUAGAUCUACAAAGAGCGAAUUAAGGGAGGUAUUGGAAGUGAAGUGCUGCCCCAUUUAGAAAGAUUAAUUUCUUGGACGGGCAGUAAAUAAUUCAUGGUAUCUCGGUUGUUAAUAUGCAUGAUCUUAAACCUAGAGCUGGAAAAGCGAGAGUAAAUUGAUAAUGUAUAAAAUGUUAAUAGACAAAAUAAUUCAUGGC